CGAAAACAUAUGUAUUAUACUAUAAAAUAAUAAUUUAUAAUACAAUACACCAAGAACAUUAACCUUUUUGCUUCUACUGAUUAAAUUUUCACCGGUUGAUACGUAUAGAAUUCUCCCCGACCCCCGCCAUUUCCAAUUCCCAGAGGCAGAGGCUUCGACGCAUCCUCACGCAUUACGCCAUCACUCUCGUUAUCUACAAUUCCGACACCCUAAACUCUCAUUUCUCUCUAGUUGCGAAAAUGGAUCCGGUUCUUCCGAUUGCUGUUCUUUCGGUCCUUCUCGGAGCUCUGAUCGCUUUCCUCUUCUUCAAAAGCUACUCACACAAGAGGGAAUCCGAAAUCAAAUCCAUCACCAAGCCGGAGCUUGAUUCGGCUCCUAAAAAGCCUACAAAGCCUGCUCAGCCUGUAACUAAGAAAUCUCACCCCAAGCCUCACUCUCAUCACUCUCAUGCUUCUGAUAAGGAUCAAAUUAAGAGGCAUCAUCCAUUGGAUUUGAACACUCUGAAAGGUCAUGGAGAUUCAGUUAAUGGGCUUUGUUUUUCUAAUGAUGGAAGGAGUUUGGCAACAGCUUGUGGUGAUGGAGUGGUCAGGGUAUUUAAGUUGGAUGAUGCUUCAAGUAAAAGUUUCAAGUUUCUGAGAAUUAGUGUACCUGCUGGAGGUCACCCAGUGGCAGUGGCCUUUGCUGAUGAUGCAUCUUCUGUAGUAGUGGCUUCUCAAACUCUAUCUGGUGCAUCUUUAUAUAUGUUUGGAGAAGAAAAGGUCAAACCUAAUGAAUCUAAGCAGCAAUCCAAGCUUCCCCUUCCAGAAGUCAAAUGGGAGCAUCACAAAAUUCAUGAUAAAAAUGCUGUUCUGACCUUAGUUGGAACUGCUGCAACUUAUGGAACCGCUGAUGGAAGUGCAAUUGUUGCCUCUUGUUCAGAGGCUACUGAUAUCAAACUUUGGUAUGGAAGAACCGGGAAGAUUUUGGGGAAUGUUGAUACAAAUCAAUUGAAAAACACCAUGGCUACUGUAUCACCAAAUGGGCGUUUUAUUGCUGCUGCGGCAUUCACUGCAGAUGUGAAGGUCUGGGAGAUUGUGUAUUCAAAGGAUGGAUCUGUCAAGGAGGUUCCAAAAGUUAUGCAGCUUAAAGGACACAAGAGUGCAGUGACAUGGCUAUGCUUCACUCCAAACUCAGAGCAAAUUAUAACAGCCUCCAAAGAUGGUUCGAUAAGGACUUGGAACAUCAAUGUCCGAUAUCAUCUCGAUGAGGAUCCGAAGACUCUUAAGGUGUUUCCAAUUCCACUUCAUGAUUCAAACGGAGCAACUUUGCAUUAUGAUCGACUCAGUUUAUCCCCCAAUGGGAAGAUACUGGCAGCAACCCACGGCUCAACAUUGCAGUGGUUAUGCGUGGAAACCGGAAAUGUUCUAGACACAGCUGAAAAAGCCCAUGACGGUGAAAUCACAUGGAUGGCAUGGGCGCCUAAGGCCAUUCCAACAGGUAAUGGACAGGGCUUGGUAUUGGCAACGGCUAGUGUUGACAAGAAAGUGAAAUUAUGGGCAGCACCGUCUCUCCAUUCGGCUUAACAGAAAUGUUUUGAUGAACUAAUUUCAAGCACACGGGAGGAGCUUCUGAUUCGAGUUGUUGGUGAUCAGCGAUAGCUUCAUGAGUUUUGAGCCUCAUAAUUCCUCUUAGAUUAAAGAAAGUUACAAUAGAGAAAAAAUGGCACGAUGUAGGAUUCAGGGCACAAUUUUGAGUUUGAAAUUAAUAAGCAAAACAUAUGUCUGACUAGAAAUUUUUGUUGUUGAAAAAAUUCAGAAAAAGGUAAUGUUUGUCUUCUGAUGUACGAUUUACAUGGUUAUGGUUAAGGUGAUUGUACCGUAGCUCUGUUUUCCAUUUCAUAGUAUUGUUCAAAAUAGAAAGAAUAUUGAUACUAUCGUUGGAAAUAGAAAGAA